AUGCGGCAGUCGGGUUUGUUGGAACAGUCCUCCAUGCGGUCUGCUGAUCCUCCCGGCGAGCAGGAAGCGUUGGACUUCCUCUUCGUGCUUUCUGCCUGCAAUCACACAAGGGAAAGACGCCUUUCUUCCUCUCCCCUGCUCUGCGAGGCGGAGGAGCUGGGAGUCACCCGUGAGGGCAGGGAGCAGGAGGUGGUCCAUGGCAUCUGCGAGCUCGGUAUCCUCUUCAGGGAAGAAAAUCAAGUCAACACAGAGUGGCCGGCGAAGAAGGUCCGGGAUGAGUUCAUUCAGUUCUUCCAGGACAAGAAGCAG